UGUAAAUUGAUUAAUUAUUAAUUUUAUUCUUAUUUUUUAUUCAAUCGUGAUACAACACACUUUUUGUUUGUUUGUUUUCGUCUGUACUCCAGAUGCAGUACGACUAUCAGACACGCGCUGCACAGUGCGGUGCGUGGUUUUCUCCGAUCCAGCAGGUGGCGCAGUGAAAUGAAAUGCAAACGGCGCUGUAUCACGAACAGAAGAAGAAAAUAGUUGCGGGAAAACUGAAGCGGAUGUGACCUGUGUUCAUUGGUGCAUACAAUCACAGAACAAGGUAAAUUUACGAAAUAUUACAUUUGUGCGCUAUGGUAGUGGACAUUGGAAAGAUUUGAGUGUCCUUUUGAGGUAAGUGUCGGUUUGCAGAGCUAUUUAACUGAGUUGUCCUGAGUUUUGAAGCUUUGGGGGGCUGGAUUAGUGACUUGUGUAACAUCUCAAAACAAAUCAGCAGCUACAGCUAUACUGAUGUUAAAGCUGCUGUCACUGUAUGAAACUUUUGGAUGCCUUGACAUCUGACCUCAUAAGCGCUAACCGUAAGAGUUAAAUAUUUGGCAGAUCUCACUUUACUGUAUAUUAUGUUACAUGAGACGUGCACGUGUACGUAUAUAACUGUAUUCUGCUUUGUCCCCAAAAAUAUCACGAGAGAAGACAGCUGGUUGUUUCAUUGUAUAAGAUAUUAUCAACAACUUUGACAUGCUUGUAGCAAUCUCCAAUGCCUUGAAUAUCACUAAAUAACACAUCCUCAUUAUCAAGCUCAUUCUAAAUCUCUGCUAACUUUUGUGUAGCACAUUAAGUUAAAUAUUACACAUUAUUUUAUGGUCAUGUGUUGUGAAAGUCCUUUAUUGCCAUUGUUUCAGUUACCUGUAGAUAACGCAAUAAAACUGACUACCCUGAUAACAAUAGACUCUCCCUGCACCAUAAAAGUAUCCUGAUCAAAGUAAAUUAUUAAUUGUCAUCAUUUCACUGCAGGAAGGGCACUUUUUAAUAGCGUAUGUAGUUAGAAUUUUUGUUACCCAAUAAUUAAAUAUAAAAUUAUACUCUAAACAUGGUUUAUUGCUGAUAAAUCGCAAUUAAAAGUACAUAAUUUUUUUCUAUGUUUACUGACCUUAUGUGUGGUUUCUUUUGUGCGAAAUGCCAUUUUAAAAGUUCGCGUACUGCAGUCAUACCUAUGAUCGUAGCAAUCAAAUAUGACCUCUACAGGUUUCAUGUCACUUUAUGUUGUUAAUAGGGGCAGAAAUCACCAUGAAAACUCCAAUGGCUACAGAUGUGAAAAAGGGGAUUUCAGUCCUCUGGGAGACUCUUCAGUGUCCCAUAUGGUGAGUUAAAUCAUUAAGAUUUUCUCUGUUUUGGUGAAUUAAUGGAUAAGUUUUGACACUUCUUUACUUAUUUCAAACCUUUUUUAUUAUCUUUAGCCUGGAUUUAAUGACCACACCUGUAUCUACGAAGUGUGACCACCAGUUUUGCAAGUAAGUUAGAUUUAAUUUUCUUCAAGAGAUUGAUUUUUAUAGAAUGUUGAUUCUUACUGUAUUUGUUUUCCUGUUUGCCAGAUUUUGUAUGUUGAAACUUUUGGACAACGCCAAGCGAAACAGCACAAACUGUCCAGUGUGUAAAGCCAAGAUCACAAAAAGGUUGAAAAACAUUCUUUUUAUGAUAGUGUCAAAAAAAAGUAACUUUAAUAUUGUCUUGACACAAGUAUCUAUGACUCUUGUGCAGGAGUUUGCAGGAGAGCCCUGGGUUUCAGAGGCUUGUUGCUGGAUUGCAGGAUAUGAUACACGCCUAUGAACAUGACAGUGGCACAAACUGUAAGACUAUUUAAAGGAAUUUUUCAAACAGACUUGUCAUGUUUUUGUUUGUUUUACAUACAUACAUACAUACAUACAUAUAUAAAUAUAUAUAUAUAUAAAUAUAUAUAUAUAUAUAUAUACAUUUUUUCCCCUAUUUUGUUUUGUUUUCUCUAUUGCUUUUAUGCUGCCGUUUUUACUCUGUAAAGUGUCCCUGAGAGUCCAGAAAGGCACUUAUAAAUAAAAUGUAUAAUUAUCAUUAUUAUUAUCAUUAUUAUUAUUAUUAAGCUGUAAAUAAGGUAACAACAUGUUAUUUCAAUUCUGUAUUCUUAUGCUUUCAGACUUUACUGGAAUGCCCCAGGAAAUACAACAAAUAGGGUAAGAUGUUUGGGCACUAUUCACAAGUAAUAAAAGCUAUAAUAAUACUCUUUUACUUAAAGUCUUGGGAAACCUUUUCUUAUUACCCAGAGUCAAAGAUGCCACAGCUACUGAACAGUCUCAUGACAUGGCAUCUGGUGGAACAGAUGGAACUGUCAAUGAUAAUGUGGAAAACAGUGAAGAUUUUCCAAAGUCUCACUCCUCAACCAUAGCAGGUAAAAUCUUGAGGAUUAAUGUAGUAUUGAAGUUUUGCUUUCAUUUAUAGGCAACCAUAUUAAAGCAGUGGAAAGUGUUGCUGGUGAUAAUAAGUGACAAUUUCAGGUCAAAUCACGAUUAUUUCAAUUGUGUCACUGUUUAAUGUUAAUAUCUGUCAUUGCUCUAUCCUCCCAUUAGCUCAAAACGAUUUCGCAAGACUUAUGGGGCUUGAGGACUCUGGUCCUUUGAUGACAGAAAAUGAAGGUUUGGACAGUGGGCUUGGGGGGGCUCCACAAACAUCAGACAAGAAAAUAACAGAUUAUUUGGAACCAGCCGAAACAGAAGUGUCAGAAGUUGUAGAAAAAGCAGAGUCAACCCAAAAACCUGGAGGCAAAAUGUGUCCCUCUGAUUCAGAAAAUGCCUCCCUGUGUACUCAACAACAACCUGUACGAAAGGCAUCAAAGAGGAAGAAAAAGAAAAAAGAUUCACCAGACAAGAUUCUUGAGGAGAGACAGAAGAAAAGUCUUGAAAAAGUAGCCGAGUGGCUCAUGAAAGUUCCAGCUGAAGGAAGUCUUGAAUUUGAGAAACCUGAUGAAGACAAAUAUGACUCGGACAGCUGUUCUUCUACUUCAACAAUAGAUAUCAGGCAACAUAAUAUUAGCGAGUGCUUUCAGAAAGAGGAUCGUGCUAAAGGCCUUGAAGAGCAAGUGUUUGGGGCUGUGUACAAACGAGAGCGAAGAGGGAAAAGGACCAGCCCUCCUCAGAAAUUUUCUACAGAACCAACAAAAACCAGAGACACCAUGACAAAUGGAAAUGUUAGAGGAGACAACAAAAGCAUUGGAAUUCUUGAUGAUCUUGGCCCAGAAGACUGGAUGAAAAAUGAUACUGAGGAAGAGCAACAAAUGACAGAACAAGAAAACAAUACCAGCAGUGACUUUUUCAAAGAAACAGUGCUGACAGAGGCAGUAGAAGAAAAGAAUUACUCAGACAAACUUGGGGAAAAACUGACUACUUUGCCCGAUUGUGACCAAGAUAAUGUUGUAGAUGAGGUUCCCUGUUUAGUGUCUGAAAGAGGACAACAGGAACCAGAGAGAAAAUCAAAGAAAAAGACUCAUGACCUUGUGCAACAGGUUGACGGAGAUUUACAAGAGGGAUCAAAGCAAGAAACCACAGAGCAAAAGAAAAAUGGCAAGAGGAAAAAAAUUGGCAAGCCAGCUCGAGUGCCAAAACCUCUUGACCUAGUUGAAGUUCAAAAUGGAGAAACCGGUCUGCCUACAAGACCAAGGUCGGAGGAAGUCCAAGUGCAUAUUGAGAAUUACCCAAGCAGUGAAGACCAGGAAGUACCUGCAAAGAGCAUGAGGAAAAGUAGAAGACUUCAAGCUUUGACAGCGGAAGUCCAAGAAAGAAACAAGAAGGCAAACAUGAAAGCCAGUAUGCCUAAAAAACAGAGCAGUGCUGUAAAGCAAUCAGAUGACAAAAGCCAAGCACAGGCUGAUGCUGCUGAAUCACCUCAGGAUGGAAACAAAACAAAGGUAGCUGAAAAAAAUGGGUGUGUCUAUAAUCAAGAUUUAACUGGAAUAGAAAACAUGGAGUCCAACGAGAGGAUAUCCAAUGUGAGCCAAGUUGUAGAAGAACCAAAUGCUGAAACUUCUUGCCCUGUCCAGGUGGUCCCAAGUUCUACAAGUCCUGUUGAAGGAUCAGUGGUUGAUCCAACACCUGAACUAGACAAUCCAACAUCCCAUUUUCCAAACAGUGUUCAGUUGGAAUCCUCUAAAGCUAAAUGCGCCGGAGCUGAAAUGGAGGAUGAUAGGAACGACAGCGAAGUGGACACAGAGCAACUUCUAAGGAGCUUUAAAGCCACAAAGAGGAAGUCUUUUUAUCUUGGUGGUCCAAAUGUGAAAAGAGGCCGUAUUUUUGAGCAAGAAACUGUUCAGGGUCUGAAACCAGAGGACAAUAAGCAUGUUUGCUCAGGUGCUGAAUCUGCAUCAAGAGACAAUGAAAACUUAUCUUGCAGUGAUUUGAUACCACCCUCAAACUGGCCUGUUGUGGUGGGAAAAAAAGACCAAGUGGUGGUAGAGGUCUCAAUCCCUGAAAGUACUUCUCCAGGAGAGGAUAAUGAAGCAGGCAACUUUGCCUCCAUGAAUAGUGUUAGUAGCGCCCUUACUCCCAACAAAGAGGCAACGCAUGAAAUAGAAAGUCAGAAUCUUUCUGUUGUGCCACAAGUGGUGGAUUAUGGGCUCUGCUAUGCACCCGUCACACAUGAGGAGACCACUAAGAGUUCUCAGGAUCAGCCCGAUUGUAUCACAAGAAAUGUUGGGAAAAUAGAGGCACCAAAAGACAUCGAUUUGAGAAGUGAUGUUACCACAAGCAGAAGAAAAUCAGUAAACACCUCUGAAAUUUUCUUCAACACGGAUUCUUCUCUAACCCCUGAUGGCCUUGGACUACCAGCGGCUCAAAUAGACCGUGAGGCAAAGACAACCAGUGGUAGUGGUGAACUUAGUCUUCAUUCCUCCAUCAGGAGCAGGAAGAGGAGAAGGACUCAGAGGCUGGAGUCUUCUUCUGAGUCAGAUUUUAGCGAAGAGGAGUUGCCUGCUUUGAAGGACAUUUUAGGAACAUCAGCUCUGCCUUGUGCUGAGACAAAUAACUCAAAUGAAGCUGUGAGCAGAUGUGAGAAAGUUCCUGCUGAUGGAGCAAAUCCGCUGAUCUGUCCACAAGAACGCCGCAGUUCUGACUGUGCUGAUUCCAGCCAAGGAUCUGAGGACUUGUUCGGCACCCCAGAAGAAUGUAAGUCGAUUGUCAAUAGUAAAAAAGAAGACAAGUAUUAUGCACAGUUAUUAUUUGGGGGUUGAAUGAAUUAGCCAGGACAGGUAAACAGAGACAGGAAAUGUGUGGAGUGGAGACAACAUGCACCAAAGGGUUUAAACUCUCCCUUUAUUCUCUUUCUCAGUGUUUUCAGCCCAGCUAAGGACAUGACCCUUCCCUCUUUGUGUUUAAUCCAUUUCCUCCAGUGUUUGUCAUGGGUGUGUGCUUUAGUCUCGGAAUAAUAAGUCAACCCUUCAACGGAGCAUAUUUCCUCCGCUCUGUUUAAUAGUCGUGCUGGUUUUGGGGGCUCCACUUUCAGCCAAUUCUUUGUUUAUGACUUUUAUACAUCCAAGUAUUUUGAUUAGGAAAAGGUCAAUGUCUUUCUUUUGAAUUUUAUCAGGCCUUAGUAUUCAAUCAGAGGGAUCUUAUAACCAAGAAAGUCCUCAAGGAUCUGAAUAACCUUGUUGUGGAAAGUUUAUCUUUAUGAAAAAAAUCCACCGUCUCCCUCUGCAUGUAGGUGGGCUGAUGUCACACAGAUUUUUUUCAUAGAUCAAUCACAGAAAAUCAGAAAGUCUAUGGGUUUAUGAUCAUGUGAUAAACACAUUAUGUCCUUUUGAUGUGACUCUUGCAUCAGAGCUGCGAUGAUCAAACGAUGAUUGGCUGCCUUUUUUUACUUUAUCCGUGAAGACAUCUCUGUUACGUCUCUGAUGUUACACUGCAUGUGGUCUACAGUCUACAUUAUCUGUUCUGAGCUAUAGGUCCACAUUAGUCUGAGUCCUUUACGUUAUAGAUUAAAGAUGCACUUGCUCUGUUGUUUUUAAUUGUUCCUUUUUGUGGUCAAUAAAAAAUGUUCAGUGUUGAGACUGUAAACAGUUUGAUUCUCCCUCCUCUGCAGGUGAUGUCCCAGUAACUGAUCUUAACGUUUCUGUUGAGUCAUCUCAAUUUUCAAGCGACGUCCUCGUGACUCAGGUAAACAUGAUUGUGUUGCAGCUACUCUGCCUUUAAAAUGUAUUUGUGUGACUAAAAUGUGCUCAGACAGGCAUAUUUUAGACCACAGUGAUGUGUUCCCAUUAUACUGAACACAUGUUAUUUAAGGCCACUUCAGCACUACCUACCUGCACUGUGUUCCCUCUGCUGCACCGUCAUGUUACGCCCCAGAGAGGGCAGCCACCACAUUUCCCCCAAACCCAGCUGUCAGCUUCCUGGAUGACAGACUACCUCGCUCAGUAAAAAAUGUCCCCCUCAGCAGCUUCCUAAAUUGCAUUUCAUUUACGUUCGAGGAAAUGCCGCCUAGGAGAUGAUUCUUGUUUUCUACCUCAUCCAUCUUCCUGCGCUCUUACUUUUAUCUGUCGACUGUAUUUGACUGGGAGUUCAAGUUUCCCUCCCUGGGGUUUAGAAAGAGCCCAGGAUUAAAAACAUCAGAGAAUACGGAGUGUCGGUGUUAUUGUGUUGUGUGUCUGUCUAAAUAAUCAAUGCAGUUACUUGAGCGGUAAACUCAAAGGAUGAAUUUCAAAGUAUUAGCCCAGUGAAGCAUUGAAACAACUUCAAACUGAUAGAUUUGGUUUUAGCAAAAGCUGUUUACACUUUUAAAACAUUACAUAAGCACCAUCUCCCUCUAUUAUCCUGCCUGUAUUCUCCACAAUGAGUGCUGUUUGUCUGAAAAAGCACCAAUUCUGCUUCUCUAAUGACUAACUUCAAAUGAAUGUCCUUACUGAUUGUCUGCUGUGAUUGUUUUGUAUAAGAUCUGCAGCCAGUGUUUGUUUUUUUCAGUAAAUACUGCAUUGCUGUUUAUCCUCGCCUCUUUAACUCUUGAAAUUUAUUACAGUUUAUGUUUAAUUUGUUCCCCUUCUUUUUCCAGCAAAAGAUAGAAAUGCAGAAGGAGCUGGUGAGGUUGGAGAAAUUGAUGGCUCUGGUGUCAGAGGUGCUCCAGGAGAAGGAAGGCAGUCCUGAUCGAGAAGGCCACCAAAGCAGGAAAACCACAGGUGUGUGGACAAAACUUUUUAAAAGGCCAUAAAAGAAACUGAAAAUAUGAUUGAUGUAUUCUCAAAUGUUUUAAGUGUUAAUGAAGUAUAAAUGUUUUGUCACCAGACCCAGUUGCUCAAAGAUCCUCCUCAUGUGACCAGGAUGGAGACCAAGGUUCAGAGCGGUGAGUAAGCAUGGGGAAAUAGAGAUUUAACUCUACUCUAAAAUCUGUUGGAAAAAAUCAUUUUACCGUCCACUAUCUCAGGGCUGACAGCCAAACAUGAAAAUAUACAGUCUAAAUAAAUGUUUGAUAGAAGAACUGUUCUUGAUUGUGAUGAAUUGCAACAUCUCCAAAGAAUCGCUUGUUUGAGUGAAUAGGUUGUAAACAAAAAAUGAGACAUACACGUUAAAACAAAACCUUUGACAGCCCACAAUGUUUCUUUUGCAAGCACAAAAUAGUAGAUACAAUGGUUCAUGUGUGCCUCAUCGCCCCCCCUGUUUUGGAAAAACACUAACUGAAUCAACCCACACUGUGUAUAACCACAGUUAAAUUAUGACUAAAUACAGCCUUCACUCUCGUCUUACCUGAAACCCUUCUUCAAAAAAUUCAGUCAUUGAUUUUAGACAGCAGGAAAAGAUUAAAGGAGAUGAAGUCACAGUUAAUCAACACUCUGGUAUUGAGGACAGUUUAAACCAGUUUUACUUUUAUCCCUAAAAAAUUGACAAAGCAGAAUCUGGCAGUCCUCCAAAUUUAUUUAUCAGAUAAUGUGCUCAUUGGAAAUUUGGAAGAUUUAUACACUUAAGACUUUCAGUCGUUUCUUGUCCUGAUCAUUUUUUUUUAAAGAAAUAGUCAGGACCCCCAAAUAAGACAAAGAAAAAGGCAGGGUAGGUAGAAACAGGAUGGGUAAGGGGUGGUGUGAUAUUACAGGAUUUCAGCUGCCCAGCAGUUCAGGGUCUUUGCUGUAUUUCUCAUUUCAUGACGCACUAAAUUGUUAUCACUUGGUGACAAGGCGGAGCGGCAGACAGGACAGUUUAGUACCCUGACUCCUCUACAGUGGCGUCAUGCUGUUGUGAUAGUGCAAAGAGUACUUUGGCUUUGUCUUACUGAAAUAUGCAAGGUAGGUGUGUCCCGAUACAACUUUUUUACUGCCGAAACAAUACUGAUAUUGUAGCCUUCUGUAUUGGCGGAUACCGAUAUUGAUUCGCCGCAACGUCUUUUUCGGACUUAAACAAAAAAUACUGCCACAUAGCCGACAUCACUCCUACUCCAUGAUACUUUGUUAGUACCUAAGUACACACUGUUGUUGCGUUUUUGUGGGCUCUGCAUGUUAGAUCUAGGUGCUGCUAGAUUGAGGUGCCGGAGCAGAGUCUGGAAUGGACAGCUUGUAUCAGAGUGCUGAUAUUGGAGAUUUUAGAUGCAGGCCGAUAUAAUCUGAUAUUAGUUUUUUCCCUGAUAUCGGACCGAUAUCCAAUAUCAAUAUUGUACCGGGACAUCCCUUAUGCAAGGCCUUCCAUGAUGUUGGAUUUUGUACACCUCGAUACCAUUUUAAAUUCUGGCUUUUGAACUGUGUGCUGACAACAAGCUGGGUGGUGCUGACUUGGAGGACAAGAUAAGCUAAGAUCACUUCAUUCACAGGGGGCGCCUAAAUUGACAUAAGCUGGAUAUUCCUUACAGGAGCUUUAAAGAAUAAUGCAAUUUUCAGGGUGUUCUUGCACUUGUUUUGAAAAGAUGCAUUUAUAAGCAGCUUUGAUUUAGCGUGUGAAAUUCUUGAAACCUCAUUCUCUUGUUACUUAGUAGAUUUCUAUGUUUCUGCUCUGUUACUUUUUAAAGUUAAAAAGUUGCACACAGGAAAGUAACACCUCUUUAAUAAUUCAAUGUUUUAAGCAAAACUAGAUAUGAUUGGUGUGGACAGAAAGGGUAAAUAAAUGAUAUUCAUGUGUUUGUGUGCUCCCAUACCUCUUCUUACCCUCUCUGUAAGCUGGUGCUGAAGCUGGGUCACCCCACUCAAAAACAUCUGGACACACCUCUGAUAAGGAAAACAGCGAGCCCGGCAAGCAGUUGGGUUUUUUCAAGGUCACUGGGCCAGUCAGCUGUGACGGUCCUACACAGUCACACCUGAUUUCAAUAACAAAUGAACUGAAUUGAUAUCUGUCUCGGUGUGUUUCUCUCCUCAGAGGCCUGUAUACAUUGUUAAUACAUCUUUAAUGGAGCUGCAUAUUAAGCAGAACAAUAACUGGAGCAAGUGGCAUGUAAUUGGUCUCUUUGAGUCUGUAAGUGGAGGAGAAAGUUAGUAAGUGUGUCUUUGAGUGUGUGUGUGUGUGUGUGUGUUACUCGUGUGGCUCUCAGAGGAUGAUGCAUCUGGAGAGGACAGGCGGAUAAUCUCACUAAUGAACCCAGAAUCUGCUUAUGCUGAGGAGAAUAAGAAAGUCAUUACAGGCUGCGUCUUCUAUGUCAUUUAGAGCACUUAAAGGGGAAACUUGUGUUGCCACAGUAAUUUAUCUCUCCUGCUUGACUGCGCCCCCCCCAACCUCUCUCCUCACAGGGUUCUAAGUGCACUCCUCCAGGCGAGAGAGGAGGAGAAAUGGAAAAAGACAACAGAUGAAAGCACAGAAGGUCUUAGUUAUACAAGUUCUAAAUUAAAAAGCAUCUGCUCCACCAGGAAGCUGGAGAAGUUCGAGAGAGUAGUUAGCGUUGACAAGUUCUCAAUGAGCCAUUAUUACUUCAGUGCAGGUCAUUUAAGUGUUGACUCGCCGCCAGACGUCGAUGUUUCAGGAGCCUUUGAGGGAGGAAGUAAACCCAAAAGAAAACAAAAUGAUUAUGAGCAGAUGUAAUCUGUUGAUAAAAAGGUCAUUAAACUAGUAAUUUGAGAUUGGGUUUUAGUGUUCUGGUUCAUCUUUUACUCCCAGUGUUGUCAGAAUGCAAGAGUGCAACAGUUUUGAGUUUUUCUCAUGGUUUAAGCUCAACCCCAGCGUGCUCGAUUGUGUUUCCACAGCCAGAGAGAGGAACAUUUUGAUUUAUUUGACCCUCUUUCUGACUCGAUUUCAGCAGUCAGAGGUCAAGAUCACUGUGACCUCUCUUCCGUUUAUGGUUGAAUAAUACAUUUAAAAUUUUGUAGCCGUACUUCAGAAUGCUCCCAAAGUCCCAAAAGCAAAACAAAGUAAAAUGUAUAGUAAAAAAGAUAAAUUAUAUUUUGCAAACUUUGACUGUCAAAACUUUUGACUCUUAAUACAUUUCAUGAUAGGGUGCUUUAAAAUAAUAUAAUCUCAUUUAGUAGUAUUGAAAAGCACCAAAGCCUGUGAAAAACGAUGGCUAAUCAAUAUAGAAACAAAGUAAAGAGAGAGAGUCAGUAAAGUACAAAACCCAAUUCCAUUGAAGUUGGGAAAUUGUGAUCAUCGUAAAUAAAAACAGAAUACAAUGUACAAGUUUGAUGACUUGUCCCAGGUCAUUUGUUACAAAUAUUUCUCUGACUGUUUUGGCCUGAUUCUAUUCCAGUGUCACGCUGUGAUAUAUCGUCACAAAGCCUUGGGGGGGGGAUUUGAUGAUAUUCAUCUCACUCCUCUUUUGUACCCAUUUGAAAGAAUGGGACUAUCAGAAAUUGAAAAAAAAACAGCAUCUCCCCUUUCCCCUCACUUUCCUGUGUCUCUGGAGGAGGAAUUGAAGUUCUCCUGUGUUUUGUUCUUUCUGUAAAUAGAUGUGUUGUGACUUCUUCUCUUAAACGUUUCUCUGAUUUUCCUCCAGCUUGUUUUUUAGUGUUCUUUUUUUUUUAUCUACAAAAAGUUUCCCAUCCCUGCCACAGUUUCACAGAUGGAUGUUAGCAGCAAAGUGACUGCUUGGUGAGAGGGGGUGAUUGUAGUUUGAAAUAAAAGAGUUUAAAUUGCUGCUGCUCUGCUGAAAGGAGGCAUAAUGCAGGAGGAUAGUGACUUCAAACAUAUAAACAAGACGAUUCAGUCUUUAGUGUUAUUGCUCACUACUCAUGGCUGCAUUUGAGACUUAAAGCGUCAUGUGUUUUCACACUGAGUAAAAGUCUAAUGACUCCUGAAACAAGCAACAAGUGAGUUUUGUUGCAUAGUUAGAGCGUUGAAGGAGGGAGAUUUGGGGGAAGUUUUCACCUCCAAAUAUUGACUUUCAGUGUCUGCGAGUCUGGCUUGUUUCUCUCUGUCUCUUAUAGAACAAAGUGAGAGCAAAACUUUUAAAGGUUUCUCCUAUUACUGUGAAAUGUCCCCUUUUUUGUUAUACUUACAGCUGCAGCAAAAACAGCAGGUCCCAAUGUUUUCCAGCUCACUUAAAUGAACCUACACUCAAAAUUAGAGAGUAAAGUCAGUUCAGACAUCUUUUAAAGUUUGCCACCUGUCUAAUCCUAAACGUUUCGUGUGCAUAAAAGCAGCCUUUGACAUUGAAAGUACUUAAGGUUCCUUCAGUCAGAAAUGGUGCUCUUGCACAAAGGUUUUAAUAAAAGUCAUGCAUUUGAAACUGAUGAAUUAAGACAGAAAAAUAGUCACAAUGGACUAUGUCACAUAAGUGUGCAUUGAAAGGUGAGCAAACUUCCGAUUGGAGCAGUAAUCAGCUGAGGAUAGGUGAAGAAAUCAGAGAUGAGAGUGAGAGGAGCACAGUGCUGACUGGCUGGCUGACUGGAUUGAAUCCGACAGUUAUCUGGUGAAUCAGGCCUAGAACUUAAAGAUUUUGUUGCUGAAUGAAUUAAGAGGAGUUAAAUCAAUUACCUGAAGCAAAACUGUGGACAUUUCUAACAUAUUGUGAAGAUUUGUGGCUCUUGUUGACGUUGGGCCGAGCAGGCCUUGACUGAAGACCAGACCAUGCCAGCUAAAGCUUCAAACAGCGCCACUGAGGAAUAUGUCAUAAUGGCUCAAGUGCGUGAAUUGUUGAACCAGCAAAAAGACUUCUACAGAACAUUGCUUGAACAAUAGAUCAGGGGUCAACCAAUUAAAGUUUUUUAGCGGCCAAUGCCGAGACCAAUAAUGUGAGUUCAGCUCUGCAGAUGGUUGAUAAAGAAUGGCGAUAUCACGUUGUUGUUUGUAUUUGAGAAGAUAUAACAAUUUAUAGAAGAUGACAAAUGAGAGAAAAUAGCUGAACUUGAGGAAAUCAAAUUAAUUCAGACAGAAAAAGCGAAAAGGAUCAUUAAAAAGUAUCAGCACAGGCUGGAAGAUUUAAAAAAAUGACUCAUAAGACUUCCUUAAUCACCUACAUGAAAGCUCUUUUAAGGAGUUUGUAGUUGCUUAUGAAACGAACUGAAACUAAAAGAGAUUUUUCUUGAUGAGUUACAAAUAUAAAAAAGAUGGACCAAUUGAUAAGACUUUUUAUCUCAACAUUUUUCAUUUUAACGUGUGAAACAGCUUCCCUGGUGUAGAUGUCAGAUAAAACAACUAAAAACAUGCUGCAGAACAAGUCUUCCUGAAAAUUUCCACUGAAAGAAUACGUGAUACUCUCAAAAGGAUGCAGGGUGUGUUUUUUGUUAAAACACAUUUCCUGCUCUUGUACAGGAUAAAAAAGUUCCUCACAGGCACCUUCAUACUAUUACAGUGCUCAUAUGACACAAACUCAAUUAAGCACAUAAUCAAUAAAUAUUGAGCUGCUUUAAUCUACCCUGAUACUAACCUGGAUUAUUGCAGCCUAUCUAUGCAGUAUCUGUCAUCUACAGCCGUAUCAUGGCAUUUCCUUCCAUGUCUUUAUUUGCAGGAAAGCCAUUCAGGAAAACAAAGAGGAGCCCGGCAUGAGACCACCUGAAGCCAAACGGGUCAGCGUACAGGAUGGGAGCACUGCAGAGUUAAGUAAGGCUGCAAAUUUAUUCAAAUGCUUUUAUUUGACAAGUUAAGUUUGGAUUUUAGACAGAAUUGAGCAGAAACAAGGAGGUUCAUGUGUAUAAAAGCCUAAAUUUUUAGUUUAAAGGUAACCAAAAUAUGCAUCGUUUUAUUUCUAAAGACAGAUGGUUUGAUUCCUUCUUUACUCUGAUGACUCUUUUGUUUUUUCACUACAGCAGCACAGCACUCCAUGCACUCAUUGCUGGCUGUAAAAACCACCGCAGCCUCCGAGACACUUAUCACAAGUUCAACAACCAAAUCAUUAAAGAACAAGGCUUCUCCGUCAGAAGACAAAGAAAACAGCACGCCUCCAGAGGAAAGUAGUAAAGCCAUAAUGGUGCUGGUGUCGUCUGGGUUAGGCCGCAGUGAACAGGUGCCCGUUCAACCAUUCAGGCAAUAAAUAUGUGUUUUAGAGCUCUCCAUACCUGGGCGUUGUAACCAAUCACAGGCUGUCUCUCACAGAUAAUGGUGAAGAAGUUUGCAAAGAGAGUUGGUGCCCGUGUGGUUUCCCAGGUAACGAGAGAGGUGACCCACAUCAUUAUGCACACAGGUCAGUACCAGGGAACAAUUAAUCAGGUAUCAAGUAACUAUUAGGUAUGAAUGUACUUAAAAGCUCUUUUUGUUCCAUUUGCAAUCAGGCAAAGAUAAACAACAUCUCUUUGUUCUGUUGCUAUGCAAUAUUGUCAGUUUAAUCCAUUAUGUUGCUAAGGAAAAAUAUGUGAAAAUAUGUGUUUUUUUUCAUGGGGGAAAUCUGUGUGUAUGUUUUAAUGAGUAAUCAACUGGUGAUCGUUUGUUUCCAAACAUCCAUCACAGGAAAAAAUACUUUGAAUCUGCAUCCCUAGCCAGCACACUCUCAUGUAGAUGGUAUUUGUGUAAUGAUAUUUCUUUAGUUAAUGUUGUUAUAAGUGCUGCAUUGAUCCACAGGACUCUCUUGAAUAUUUCAUGCAUAAUAGAACAAUCAGCUUUUCAAAAUCCCACUUGAGGUCUUUCCAGGUUCUGUUUUCAAAUAUCUUCUCUGGCAGGAACAUUCAAAUUUCCACAAGUACAUUAUUUUCUUUGAACUUGAAGUUCCAGCUUGUUUUGUGCGUCUUUUAAACGCACCCCUCAGAGAUAAGCUCCUGUUUCUCUCUCACCCACUCAGGCUCUCCUCCAAUCAUCCGUUUGUUGCUAAUUACCCUCUCUGAUAGAUUAUUUUUAAUUUCACAGCCUGCUGUCUCCAAAGCACCAUAUUAACUGUCACUGUUUAAGACUUUUCUUUCUAUAAUGAAAGCUGUUUCCUGGGUAACUAAAAUACAGGAACACCGCGCUGGUUCAUCUCUAUGGUUAAAGGUUGGAGAGGAACAGGAGCUGUCCUUUUCUUGCUGUUAACUGAAUGCAGUAAUUAUUCGUAAUUAUGUUGGAGGAGUAACAAUGAAGAACACUUGACUCUUGCCUGGAAUACAAAUCAAUAGAUAAUGAGUAUGUUUCCUCAGGGGUAGAUAACCCCUGACCCUUGAGAUCAGCCGUGGUUCAAGCCUGUAAGGCCAUUUACUGUCAGAGUCUGUUCAUUUAAUCAACUUUAAAAUUGAAUCUUUAAUUCACUUAGGCAUUCAGAAAUGAAAAGUAAAACAGAAAUGUUUGAUGUUUACCUCUUGUCUGAUUCAGCCUCUUAUUACUCUGGUCCUAUCACAUGCAUCAGGGAUUAGGGCUGGGCAAUAAACCGAAAGUUUACAGAUACCAAAAUGUAUGACAAUAACCUACGUCAUUUUGCCCAUGUCAGUAUAUUUAGUGUAAAAAAAAUUUAUAGAUAAAUAAAAGUUGGUUUUGGAUGUGUGUAGGAAGGUUAUGGUCUCAUGUUCCUUUUAAGACGCUGUCCUACGUCAGAGACAUGAUUCCACCCCAUCCAGUCUGUAACAAAGAGGGAAAGACAGGUGAGGAGAUGGAAGACGGUUCAAAAGUUGUAGCGUCUGGAGCGGCGGUUGAAGUAGACGAAGUAAAUGUGGGAGGGGGUGAGCAGCUUGUGGAGUAGUUAUUGUCCAUUUAUCGUUAUCCAAGUGAACUGCUCAAUAUGUCGUGGUAUUGAUUUGAGACCAUAUCGCCCAGCCCUAUCAGGGAUGCACAGUAUUGAAUUUUUGCAGAUCUCAGAUAUACCGUAUUUUAAAACUCAUUUAGGCUGAUACCAAUACGGAGACCUAUACUUAGGCUUAUUGUUUCAUUGAAAAGAGCAGCAAGUUUCUCCUAUAGCUACUAGAAUUUACCUGUUAUUAUAUUGUGCAUCCUUAUAAGCAUAAAUUUUGCAGAAACUACCAAGAACUUGGUGCUUUAAGGCAAACGCUGGACAUUAAAGGAAUCUCUCUACACUUCCUCCAUUACCAAGAAGAGUCAACCAGCCAAGACCAAUAUGGCUCUGGAGGCUAGAACCAAUCAAAGCAAUUUUACACGUAAACUAGAGAUUGGCUGCUAGACUAUAGACUAGGCAGCUGCUAACAUCGAAUUCAUAUGGCUUCUAGUUUAACUCGAUAAACAAAGCGUAUAUUCCACGUGUCUCAUGACUCGAUCUGGGCAACUGUUGGCUUCACCUGCACACCUGAUCAAUCUGACUCGAAUCUGACUGUAUACGGAAAUGAGGAAACUGAACAUACAGAAAUUCUGAGAGCAGAUCCUGCACACUUAAGAAGAAGAUCAGCCAGUGCCAAUAGAUAAGAUUAGUUCCACAGUUAAACAACACUGAACAUUAUGUGAAAAACAGUUCAGCUUGUUUUUGCACUGACUCAUAACACAUUUCUGAAAGUCUGUUAUUAUCAGUGUGGAAUAUCAUUUUUGUAUUUUUAUGAGCAAGAUUCACCCAUGUGUUCGAACGUUAGGAGCAUAAUUGAUCAGACCGUAAAAAAAGUAAUUUCUCAGCAGAGUGAGCAGCAGUUGUUACCGUUUUUUUGUGCUUUAUUUUUCAUCACAUAAAAGUGUUCAACUUUGUCUUUUACUGUUUUCCACAUAUUCUCAGUAUCUGUCCUCUAGUUUUUUAUCCUUUUAUUUUAAACAAAAAGUAUUAAACCUCAAGUUUGUUUACAUCACAUUCACAAACUAAGGUCACUCUUUAUGGUCAACUUAAGUGGCUUUUGAACUUAUUCUUUCGUCUGCAUGAGGAUCCUUACGUCUGUGCUCUCUUGUGUUGUUCAGCAUCUUUUCACACAUCUGCAAUUUCUUCCCCUCCAGAUGAACAGCUGGUUUGUGAGCGCACACUGAAGUACUUCCUCGGCAUUGCGGGGAGGAAGUGGGUAGUAGGCUUCCAGUGUAAGUCUGACAUGUAAAUAUCUGUAAACACAAACACAACAUGAGUAGAGGGGUCAAUCCACGAGGGGGCUAGAUGACAUACAAACAGUGCUACAUAAUAAGACCUCCAGGAGAGUUUUUGCUUUUGACAAUCAGCUCAUGAGGUUCUGCUCCUCCCUACAGGGAUAUCCGAGAGCUUCAAGCAAAAGAAACUCUUAGAUGAGGUAUGCCCGCCUGUUGUGCUCUCCAUGUUGAAUUAAGGCUGCAUGAUGAAUCCCUCCAUUUGGCUUGCUGUGAUACCUCAUAAAUUAUUUGCCAUCCAUUUGCUUGAGUAAUCCCUGCAUCUUGUUUCUGAGCCAUGCAAGUCUAAUCCUUCACCUGACUUUGUUUAAUAUCUCUAUUCAUUUGAAGCAUUUUUCUUUGGCAUGCAGGCCAGUUUACCAGCAUCUUAAUACAUCAUGUAGUGAAUGUACUGAAGGACAUCGCACAGUUAUUAGAUAAACUCUGUCAAACUGAAGGAUGCUCGUUCUGCUCUGAGGAGUUUUUUUUUUUUUUUUUUUUUCAAGCAGAAAAAAUAUUAUUAGCAUCUAUCACCAUUUUUUAUUAUUAAACACAAGAAUAACUGUUUUACAUAUUUUAAAUCGUAUAGCACCCAAUCAAGUUUUAUACCUUCAGGAUUUAGGAUUAGGAUCAAUGUAUAAACACUUAAGUCUCACUGUUUGCCAACAGAGCCCUUUUGAAGUGAGAGGUGAUGUUGUUAAUGGACCAAACCACCAGGGACCCCUGAGAUCUCGAACCACUGAGGAAAGUAACGUAAGUCUCCUGUGAACCGAACACAUAAGCUCCAUUAUAGUGUUGAUUUGAUCUGAGUUAUAAGAGCUGAGGUCACUGGAAACUCUUACGGAGGGCUUUUCUUCCACUUUCAUGCACCUCAAGGGUUUACAAUAGCUUUUCAGUAAAUAUCUCAGUUUCUCCAGGUCGAGGUUUGGAAUUAAAAAAAAGGUUAUUCAUGGUUUUUUUUGUAAAUUUUGUAAAAUCUAUAUACUAUUUGGAUUUUUGCAUUCCAAUUUUCACAUUUUUUAUACAGCAAAACACACAGUAUAACACUGACGGGACAAGGAAGCUCAUAAAGCUUUGUAGGUGUCCAAAGAUAACAUGAGACUCAAUUUGUGAUAUAUGUGGGUCACUACAUCAAGAAGCCUCACGCACCCUUAUCAAUCAAUCAAUCAAUCACUUUAUUUGUAAAGCACUUUUCAUACAUGGACUGUAUCACAAAGUGCUGUACAUUAAAGAACACAAGAUGGAGAGCAUCAGGGGAUACCAAAUAAAAUACAAAAAAAAAUACAAAUUGCAAAACCCUACCCACCCUCCAAGCCCGCAUUAAACAAAGACCCCACUACCCACACACACACACACACACACACAUACACAUAAAACCACUGGGACACCAAGUCAGGGCUCAGCAGGAAGCCACAGAGGACCAAGGAAACGCUAUCUUAAACUAAAAUGGGGAAACACUGGAGCUGAAGCUAAACUGAUAAAACCAUGACAAGAUAUAGGAAACUCAUAAAAUGAUAGAAAAUAAAACAAAAUAAAAUAGUAAUGAUAAUAAAAUAAUAAUAAUAAAAUAUUUAAUAAUAAAACUGUUUUUAAAUCAAACAAUAAAAGAAAAUAAACAAAUAGUAUUAAAACAUAAAAUAAUUAUUCUGCAACUAAAGUGGAGUAAAAUAACAAGAUAAAAAGGGUAGACUAAAAGAGAGGCUAGAAGAGUAAAACAAAAAUCAUCUAAAAGCCAGACUAAAAAGGAAGGUCUUGAGUUUGCGUUUAAAAAUAUGAACUGUAGGUGUCGCUCUCAGGUCUUCAGGCAGACUGUUCCACAGGCGGGGGCCAUAAUAAUAAGACGAUGCCUCACGUUUUGGUUCUAUCUUUGGGGACUCUUAAAAGACCACUACCUGAAGACCUGAGGGCUCUACUGGGCUCAUAUCGUAAAAGCAAAUUAGAUAAAUAAGGAGGACCAAGACCAUUAAGGCAUUUAUAAACUAAUAAAAGAACCUUAAAAUCUAUUCUAAAAGAUACAGGAAGCCAAUGCAGAGACUUUAAAAUUGGUGUAAUGUGGCCUCUCCUCCUGGUCUUCGUCAGCAUGCGUGCAGCCGAAUUUUGCAGCAGCUAAAGCUGUGAAACCUCUUCAAGUAUUUUCUGUAGAUGUAACUUUUGCGUCAACACAGAGUCACAUUCAAACACUACAAACUGCAUACAGCAAGGUGUGAAGGUAAUACUCUAAGAAACGUGUCUCCUGUUCACUUCUGGUCUACUGCAUCAGCAACAUUUAAAGAGUCGUUUUUAAACCACAUCAAGAACUCAUCGCUGAAAAUAAAAUAUCUGCUGCUUAUGCAUUCAAUUAACUUCAUUCUUUAUACCUCCACCUAAUUAAUUAGCUACUCUAUAUCGAUAUGAAUCAUCAAAGAUUUAUGGACCAGCUUGUUAGCGUCAGUGUCCCUGGGCAGGUAAACACAACCAGGUGCAGUGGAGAGUUCAUGUUCUGUUCAUUCAUUAGAGGUGCAGAUACUUAAAACAUACACACGGUGAAUCGAGGAGAAACUGUAGCACGGCAUUGAUAGGCAAAGCUUAACACAGGUACAAAGGGUUGUUUUUUUUUCAGAUCUUUGAACAUUGUGUCUGAAUUAGAGAGUAAUUUUAAGGCUGGAGAAUCAAACUAAAAAACACAGUCUCCUUUUCAGAGGCUCUUCUUCAGCUUUACAUGUGCAUUCAAACUGCUUGGUCGCCAUUUAAUUCCCCUGAAGCUGCUGAAGGCCUUUAUCACAAUGUCUAAUGUUUACGCUUCAUCUUUUCUGCAUGGUUGUCAUCAGUCUAUUCUGUAAGAUUGACACAUUAUAUGCUUGAAACCGUGGACGAACAAGGAUUAAUUGAACAGAUUUUUAGUCGGGCAGGGACGAUAUGCUUUUCUCCUGAUUCGAUUCUUCUACAAUUUUUUGGAUGCCGAUUCCAUUUAAAUUGCGAUUCUAUGAUUUUCUUGAUUUCUAGUCUGCAUUUUUAACACCAGUGACACAGUUGAACGAUUAUGAUUAUGUACUGACUAUUCCAGGAACCAUAUUUACCCCAAAAAUACAUAUCACAUGUAAAUCAGUUUUUAAGAUUUAUUCUUAAAUUUGGAAAAAAAAUCAAUUUUGAGAAUAAAAAUCUAUUUAAAAAUUGUAAAACAAAAAAUCAUGAUACUUACAUGAAUUGAUCUUUUUCUCCCACCCCCAAUUUUUAGUGACAUUUUCCUUCAAAAAUUUUCCAUUUUUUAAAAAAUUUUCCUGGUUCUGAAACCUUUAUGAACUUUUUUUUUUUUUAAUUUCUGAGAAUUUUGUCAAAGUUUUGGAACUUUCCAAAAUUUGGGGGAACUGGAGUUUUUUUUUUUUUUAUGUAAUUUCUGUGCAUUUGAGUUAAAAAAUUCUUAGAAACUUAUAGAUUUAUGUCUUUGAUUAAUAGUCAUUGUAUAUAUAUAUAUAUAUAUAUAUAUAUAUAUAUAUAUAUAUAUAUAUAUAUAUACAGUACAGGCCAAAAGUUUGGACACACUUUCUCAUUCAAUGUCUUUUCUUUUUUUUUUAUAUGACUAUUUACAUUGUAGAUUGUACUGAAGGCAUUAAAACUAUGAAUGAACACAUGUAGAAUUUUGUACUAAUAAAAAAAGUGUGAAAUAACCGAAAACAUGUUUUAUAUUCUAGUUUCUUUAAAAUAGCCAUCCUUUGGUCUUGAUGACAGAAGUACCUUGUCAGGGAUACUUCAGGCACUCCUGUGAAGUAAAAACCAUUUCAGGUGACUACCUCAUGAAGCUCAUUGAGAGAACAGCUAAAUUUUGCAGCGCUAUCAAAAAAGCAAAGGGUGGCUACUUUGAGAAAUCUAAAAUAUAAAACAUGUUUUCAGUUAUUUCACACUUUUUUCUUAAGCACAUGAUUCCACGUGUUCAUUCAUAGUUUUGCGAAUCUACAAUUUAAAUAGUAAUGAAAACAAAGAAAAUGCAUUGAAUAAAAAGGUGUGUCCAAACUUUUGGCCUGUACUGUAUAUAUAUAUAUAUAUAGUUCUGUGAUUUAUCUCAGAUAAAUAUUUUUAUGCUGAUUUUUGCAAAGACCUUCUUUAUGAAAAAGCCUUUUGUCUCUUAAUGUGAAGUAUCUGAUUAAAUUAAACAUAAAUGAUAAAAAUAAGGUUUUAAAAACGCUAAUUCAGAGGAGGGACAGACUGAAAAUUUCAGGUCAGCACAUUAAUUUUCCAUAGUUACUGAGAGCACAGUGUCUGACCCCAAAUAAAGGUCUUAUUUUGUGAAGAAGAUCAAAUAAAGUGGUCCAGUAAGUCCCAGCAUAUGUUCAUAUUUCCUCCGAUUGCACCAUCCUCUUAGCUCAGGCCAUGUUGUUAAAAGGUAAUUGUAAUUUUCCUCCCGGUGUAAGGCCAGCAGCAACGGUUCUGUUCCCACUGACAGGGGAAAAUUAGAAAUGGCUGGAUGUCAUGUCGGCUGUAUCCCUGCCUUUGAAGAACCUCUGCUAAUUGAAUUAGUCUGUAAUUUCAGGCUUAUUUAAAUGCCUUCAACACAGCAGCAGCAGCACUUUGAUAGAGCCAGACAGAUUGUCCUGUUCGCACUCACUUUCUGUCACCUGCUCGGCUCUGACAAACAGACUUGGGUUAAAUGAAGAGCCAGAACUCUGUCACCUGAAUGUUGAUGCCCAGGAAAUCAGCCAGAGAAACAGCUUGUGUUUGUGUGUGUGUGCAGUUUGCGCCUUAUCACACACUUUAAUACUUCCCGAAGGACAUUAGGUGCUGUCUAAAUUAAAAAUCAGUAACAGAAACACUUUUUCAUCUCAGCAAGCACCUCUGGCUAAUGAUCAUUAUGGAGGUGUGAGAAAUUAGUAUUUCUCCCUCCAGCUGCUCGGACAUUUAUCUUCAAAACACUUCCACCCAGCCACACACUGUAUGUGAGGCAGUGAGAGGAGACGCACAUUUGCUUUCGGGUAGUUACCACGGUUCAAGGAAACUGUUUUAUAUUCUCAUUUCAAGCGAGCUUAUUGACCUUGAGUGCAAUAAAACAAUGUGUCUGUGUUGCCGGGCGGGUCGUUUUUCUUGGCGUGCUAAAAGGGGGAUAUUACCUCUGUGUUUUUUUCUCACUGUUCUGCUCAUCGCUAAAUUUACUGUAUUACAAAGAGGUCUUAAAGUCUUUUUUUUAACACACUUUAGUGAGGAUAGAUAGUAAAGAUGUGCUUGGUGAAUUGUUUCAGCCUUUGCUGGUUCACCUGUAGUAAUAUUUAACAUCAUUUGAAGGUUUAGACAGCUGGAUAAAGAUUAUUUUUGUGCAAAUGUCUCACAGAAAGUAACUGUAUUUGUCCUUUUUCUUUUCCCCUUUAGCUGCUUAUGAAGGGCUACAAGAUCUGCUUCCAAGGGACCUUUACAGACAUGACUACAGGUAAACACAUUCUCUAAAAGUUUACUGUACGCACUGUUUUUAUUUAUUAAGAGUUUUGUAAUGAUAGUGUUUAGUGAGAUACGUCAGUGAGUGAUGCAGUUCACAUUUACACUGAUUCUCUGUCUCUCAAAAACCAGAGCAAUGCUCAAAUUUGACUUUCCCUUUUAACAACAAACAGGAGUCUCAUCAAUUAGGUUUGAUUAUUGAGGAAACGGUAUGAUAUCUGAGCGUAAAGCACAUGUCUACUUUCUCACUAAGAGUGUGAUUUAAAAGUUACCAUGCGUUUGUCAGAUCCCACUGGUUCAGAGUCAAGUUUUACCGGCAACUUGAGGUUGCUAAGAAACUAGGUGAGGCUGUAGGAAGCCGCUCUUCCCAUGAAAUAAAUAGUUCUGUCAGAGCUGGAAUUGACAACUUGUUUUGGUUGCAUGACAGAAAAGGUGUGUGUGAGCUCAUGAGAGGCUAAAAAGUGAAUUUAGAGACACAUGGACAGAGCUGGGUGGGUUUGUUCCUCUUGUUUAUAGUGCUUAUGCUAAGUUAGUAUAAUGUAUCGUGUAUGGGUGGUUAUGCUAAUCAGAAAUUUCUCGGUUAGUAAAUUCACAUUAAUUGACCAUUUUAAUACAAAAAAAAUCUAAAAAAAAAUACUAGACUGUUUAUUCCUUAUGAUUCACAUAUACCCCAACAUUUCAUCAAGACAACCUGGUUUUGCAUUAAACAUACCUUUUAAUGACACAACUGUGAAUAUUGUAGUUACCAGUGUUGUAUAAUAAGUAUGCAGCAAUACUUGAGUACAGUACUUGAGUAUAAUUUUGAAGCAUCUGUAGUUUACUGGAUGUUUUUUGUGCCAGCGAUUUUAACUUUUACUUGACAACAUAAAAAAUAAAAGUAUACUUUUACUCCACUACAUUUCACAGAAGCCUCCUUGCUACUACUAUUUUUACUUUGUUACUAUGACAGCAGGUAGGGGGAAAAAACCUUUUUUUCCCUUUUACCUAAUGUUGAUUCGCAUUGUGCUUGAUCAUCGUCAAUCAGUCACUUAAGCAUGUCCGCAGCUGCUUGUAGGCUGUGCAGUUGCUUUCACCCACCUAAAUAUCCAGUGUCUGUUCGAUGGUUCUUGUCAUGACCAACUUCUGUCCUGAGUUCCUUCUUGACUGUAAGUGGUGUGUGUGUGUGUGUCCCUUUGUGUGUGUUCAUUUAUUUUUCUAAGCUAUUGCUUGCACCCACCUGAAAUGUGAGUUUAUUUGGGCAUAAGCGACUUUUGCAAAAAAAUAAAAAUAUAUUUAUUCGUACUUUGACUUUUACUUGGAGUACAUUUACUUAAGUACUUUUGAUACUCAAGUAGAGGGAAUGUGAUAUACUUUAAGACUUCGACUUGAGUAGAAUUCUCAUGGGAGACUUUUGCUUUGACUUGAGCCAUUUCUGGUAAGGUAACUAUACUUCAUCUCAAGUAUAUUUGUUUGGUACUUCAAACAACACUGGUAAUUAUCACCACCAACUUUUAGAGCUGCACUCACCAGCUCUGCUGCCAUUGCCUAGAUUACAGGAUGAUGAAUUUACAGAAAUAGUUGGGGCCCAGUGGUCCCUCACAUCUGCGCCCUGUCUGUAAUUAUUUCCUGACUCUCGACUAGACAAAAAUUGAAACAAAAAUUUUUGCCACAGUGUCAACAGGUAGAGGCGAAAUACAUUUUAAACCAAACCAGUAGUUUUUGUUUAAUUAAAAAACAUAUUUAAAAGUCAAUGACAUAAUGGUAUCUAAAUUCAUGCAACCUAAUGUUUUGUACUCUUGUGGUAAAGGUUUUCUUUUUAUGUGCCGUUCAACUUUCGAGUGAGCUUUUUAAUUCAUGAUUUUGUGUUUUUUUAAAAACCCAAAGAGCUCAUUUUGAAUUUCUUGCCCCCCGGUUCAGCAUGGAAAGUGUAGAUAUUGAUUGCUUUGAGCUCAGCAGAUAGACCUCCUGUAGUGAGCCAAGUCACGAAGGUGAGUUUUUAUUUGUUUCAUUUAUCUGCCGGGCUGCAGCGCACACUAUCUAUUGAACCCUGUGAGACAAUAACACUAAGAGGUCUGGAGAGUCUGCUCUAAUAAAGAGGUGAAAAUCGACAUGUUCUUUUUCUGUUCCUUUUUUAUGCAAAAUAUAAUUUGCUCUUGUUUUUGCUUUGCCAGGUUUCACUGGGGAAGAUUAAACUGUAAUUUUUCAGACCCUGUUCUGUAUGUUGUUAGAAAAGAUAUGAGUGCCCACAGCCAUCUCUAAUUACUAGAAUUUGCUCUGUCUUUUUUAUGUUUGUCUCAACAUCACUCCCAACACCACAGAAAUUUCAGAAUAAUGUUUUUGAUUACUCCUCACAAAAACAUCUUUCACUGGUCAUUAGCAUUUGUUUUCAAAGAAAAUACUUCAGAUUUUCUUUUUGUCAUGAAAUUGUUUCCCUUUUGGAUGAAGCUUUCAUGCUGUUUGCACCGCUCUGUUUUCAUAGUCAAAAACUACUUUGCCUAAGCACACAUAUUCAUCACCGUUAUUGAUGUCUGUUUCCUGCAGGACUCAAAUAGACACGCAGCUUGCAUUUAAAGAAGAGAAAAUAACAACAAAAACAGAAGGGCAGUUCACUCAGGCUUUGACUGACGCAGCUUGAAACCUUUGCUGGGUUUUUCUUUAACCCCUGUCAUUUGAGGACUGGAGAACAAUGGCAGGUGUUUCAGCUGUGUAGGUGGAUUGAAUACAGUCUACAGGGUUGUGUGAGAGAUAUUUGGUGAGGUUUUUUGUCAUACAGCGCAGCAGUUACCAUGGUCUCAGUAUGUCGGGGGAGAUUUGAUUUAACAAGAAAGUAAAAACUGGCCUCAGUUAUUGCCAAAGACCUUUAGCUGGUCUUACACUCAUAACUAUUCACAAAGAGCCAUAUUAAACUUUGCACCAAUACAGACACAAAGUAAUGAUGAACCUAAAUUUUGAUAUGACGGUCUUCAUAUGGAGCUUUUUAAGGUGUCUGUUUGAUUACAGGCACCGAUUUCAGGGGGUAAAAAUCCACAACAUACUAUCAGAUGGUGUCUGAUGUAUUGAAUUAACAAGCCUUUAUGUACGGUGGUCCUGAUGGCACAAAAAAGGUUAAUGGCACAAAUACUUUGGGAAAGCUACAAAAAAAAAUUCAUGGAAAACACCCAAAUAUUUUACUCAGCACGAAAAUAUUGAACGUAUUCACAAAAUAUAGUCAACAAUAUAUUGUAAACUUAGAAAAUUUGCAUUCACUAAACAAAAACACUCUAUGUGCAGCAAAAAUAUUUUUUUCUAAGAAAAAUAGUUUUCAGGUAGAAAGAUACAAUUCCAUUUUCUAUUUUUUUCUCUUUAAAAAAAUUAUUUCAAAAAGUCUUUGGGUCGACAAAGUUAAAUCAUGUUUACUAAUUGGCUACUUUUGUUUUCAAAGUUAAUUUGAGUUUCCAAAAUAUUUUGUAUUUUGAAACUCUAUGACCUUCUAGGCUAAUGUAGGUAUGUAACCUAAUCAUUAAUUUAAGGAUUGAUUUUGAAAUGAUUCCCUUUUUUUUAUUUAAAAACCUUUGAUAUUUUUUACAUUUUAAAACACCUGAGCUCUGCUGUUGAGCUUGAUGUAUUUUGUAACCAUACAAUACUCAAUGUUUUGUAUGAUAACGAAUAUGUAAAAUCAUAUCUGUCUUACAUUUUCAGUCAGAGUCAGAGUUUGAUUCCUCAUCUAGAAAUAAAAACAUAUACUGAUUUAUGUCUGUGCUAGAUCAAUAUCAGCCAAUGCUCCAGGUUAAGUGUUAUAUCUGUCAGACUCUAGAGUGCACUGUACACAAAGGUCUUACAGCUUCAACUCAGACUCAAUUCAAAUGAUUAAAUGACUGAAGACAAAGUUUUAAAGAAGUUGCCCUUCAUGCCAAAUACUUAAAUCACUUUGUUCUUCCAGCAUGAACGACUCGACUGAUAGAUAGACCAUGGGUGAGGGUCUCAGGGGAGCCAUUGCUAAAAAAAACCCUCUAGGCAGCAUUCUUUGGUUCCCCUCUUCCUGGGGCUCUGAAAGUGCUCCAGCAGCAUCCUCCCGCUGCCUGCCCGAUCGAUGAGGCUUUGCUAAUGGCUCGACAUCUGCUAGCGAGCAUGGGGAGUUCUGAGACUUUUUCUUACAUGGCACAAACAUGAAGAUGGAGUCAUUUAUUUUUUUCAACAUGAUGGGAUUUCAUCCAUUAUUGAAUUGCUUAUGUUGGUGGAUGUUAAAUGUUGAGGUAAUGUGCUUAACAUGCAAAUACUGAAAGUGGAUUAAGCUUUCUUAACAUGGGUGUAUUUGGUGGUUAAUAUGAAAAGAAGAACAUAAACAAGUUAGUUCCAAAACAAGCUCAAGGGAGAUUAUUUUAUCGACUUGACUGGACUUGUACAUAUUGACCUGUUUUCCAUCCUGACGACCAAAGGAAGUCUGAGCUGUAAAUGCUGCUCCAUCUCCUCCCAGAGGUCAAAGAGCUAAAAGAGAAGAACUUAUAUUAAAGCGUGAUAAAAAAAAAACACAGCCAGCACUCACUUCCAAUAACCUUGUGCAUGUUUUGAAUGUUGCAGAUGAAAUGGAGUGGAUGGUGGAGCUCUGUGGAGCAGCUGUGGUCAAAGAUCCACUUCACCUUGACAGUAAACAGGUAAGUGCCUCUCUAGAGUGAAAAAAUAUUAAGGUGUCCGCGCCAGACUAGAUCAGUACUUGAGACAUGACUUUGUUAGUGUGCAGCCCCUUCACCUUUAUAUUCUUUUAUACUCCAUGUUCAUUUGUUAAUUCUCAGAUCUUUAACAUCACAGCCCAGUGCAGGAAAAGUUAUGUUUUCUGUCAUUUGUCCACCCUCUCUCACAUGCCUCUGAAAAGCCAGAAAAUUUCUGCCUGCAAAAUGAACCAGAUUUACCCUUGGACAACAGGUGUCUUGACCUGCCCCCCUGUGAUGACUGUUUUUGCAUUUUUAUCAAUGCUACAUGUUAACAGAUGGUUGUGUAUUCAUAUCCGUAUUCAUCCUGUUUUGUGCUGGUUUCACACAAUGUCAAAUUUUCUGCAACAUUCUUACAUCAGCUUACCCCAACUCUACAGGGAAAAGUCAAGAGAGUGCUGUUUAUUGUGUUUGUGCUCACAAAUGUAGCCCUCCUCAAAAAUUUCAGGAAAUCUGCAUGCAUGUGUGAAUACAGCUCCUGACUGAAGCAUCUCAAAUACUGAUGGCUAAAUUGGGUGGGGGUUGGCAAAGAUGUGCAGAUACCAAAAAUGAGUGAAGUGGAGGAUUGCUGUAUCACAUCAACACUCUACAACAAUAAAACUAUUGCGCCGCAUGUGAAGUAAAGAGAGCACUGCGAGAGAGGAGCACGCGUGUGUUAGUAAAGCAGAGGGAAUGAAUGAGCAUGGUGAUAGAGGCUGUAGCAAUUACAAACAUCAGCAAGCUAACAGUGACCAACAGGGUCUGUAUCCUCAUACAACAUGCAGAAAUCUAUGUGCAAGUGUUUUAAGUUCAAUCGAUGCCUGUGAUGUACAAAACCCAAUUCCAAUGAAGUUGGGAAGAUGUUCAAAUCGUAAAUAAAAACAGAAUAUAAUGAUUUACAAAUCCUUUUCAACCUAUAUUCAGUUGAAUACAGUACAAAGACAAGAUAUUUAUUGUUCCAACUGAUCAACUUUAUUGUCUUUUUGCAAAUAAUCAUUAACUUUAGAAUAUAAUGGCAGCAACACGUGACAAAGAAGUUAGCAAAAAUUACUGAGCAAUUUGAGGAAUGCUCAUCAAGCACCUAUUUGAUUUUAUUUACGUUUAUGACCAUUUCCCAACUCCAAUGGAAUUAGGUUUUGUAGAUUCUCACAAUAAAGCGAUAUAAACGAUCUGUUUUCCAUCAGGACUCUUCAGCAGUCAGUAAAGUGGAAACUCUCCCAACACAGUCUCAUAUGUUUACCAUUAUAUCUGAAAAUGUCAUAUGAAUACAGCAUUGUUGAGUAAAUGUCAUAUGAAUACAGCAUUGUCGAGUAAAUGUCACAUUAUAAAUUAAAGAUAUUGUCAGAUGCUGAAAAGCUCUAAUUCUAAUAAUCAAUACAAUAUUAUCAAUAAGCUAUGAAGCAGCAAGUGUCAGACAGGAGACUUUGAUUGAUGAUAAUCUGGCAGGCAGUAGUUGAGAUGGUUAUUAAUGAUGUUGUUUUUUUGUUGCAUGGAAGCCUCAUCAUCUGAUCAUCAUACAGCCGGGAUCAGGGGCGCCAUCAUCCAGCUACAGCAGUGAGUUUCACCCUCAAGACACCAUGUCAUAUAUACCCGGUUCUGUUAUAACACACAUAUAUCUUUUGUUUCUUGAUCAGUGUCUCCCUCAUUUGCAGAAACACAUAUUUACACACACAGACAUGAAUAUCAGAAAUAGACCAACAGCAGCAGCAGAGGCUGAUGACACAACUCAUACAGGGUUUCACCUAGGGGUUUGAAUGUGGCUCAUGCAAAGACUUGUAGGGAGUCAGACAGGAAUUCUGCAUGAUAGAAAAAUUGCCAAUAAGUUUAUAUAAAGGUAUUUCCCCUGCGGUCAUGUUAGCUAGUUUGAAAAAGUUCAGCUGGUUCCUGAGUCCUGAGAAAAUGACUUCACAUCAGAGGUACAUACUGGGAUUUUUUCGAGAAAAGAAACUGAUGACAUAUGAUUUGACAUACACACAUAUACAGUUUCCUACGGUACAAAAUAAGAUGUCUGUUUUUCUGUAUAAGGACUCUAUUAAUGGGGUAAGUGGGCCCAAAACCAUAUUGCCCCCGACUACCCCCUCUACUGUCCUUAUUUAAACUGAUAAUUAGGCCGGGAAUUAAAACUCUGAUUUAAAAGAUUCAUUCAUAGAUUUUUUUUUUGGCCUUUCGGUCUUCAUUAUAGGACAGCUAAAGAGAAACAGCAAAUGUUUGUAGUGGAGACAUGCAGCAAAGGGUCAUGGCUGGAAGUCAAACCAGGGACCACUGCAGCAAUGACUAUAGCCUCUUUCUGGGGCAUGCUUGGAUAACCGGCGCCCACAGCGCUGUUUUUUUAAAUGGCUUUACACACGAUGAGAUGGGUGAAGCUAUUCAGAGGUGGCGCUCCAGGCUAGUGUUGAGAUGAUCCUUUUUUUUUUAGACGACCAUAGCUCACCGUAAUAAAAAUCAAUCAAAACUAACCUCAAAAUAUCUUUAUUCUAUCUAGAAGCUAAGAAUAUUUUUAUCUUUAACUUUAAUUGGUCAAUAAGUUCUGAAUACAUGUGUCACAUGAGCAAAGAUGUUCCCUCUGGUGAGCAUGUCUCUGCACGUCUUUCCAUAAAUACACAGAUUUGAAUGUGUCUAUGUCAGUGAGGACCAAUUGGAGGAUAACUCAGCAGGGAAAUGGCAGAUGCUGCCAGCCAAAAUGAGACAGGUACCUCCAACAAGAGCGAGGGGAGUGACUCGCCGGGAGAACGAGUGUGAAAGAAGUGUUGCAGCAGAGAAAUGGCCAGGAGAAAAUGUCAGACUGGAGCGAGGGGGAAAAUGUCAGAACAACUCAGCUACAGAAAAGAGAGGCUGCCGGAGCGCACGGAUAGCUGACAGUUUGUAAGAAAGCGAAAGAAAGCGGCUCUGAGUCUCACCCCCCUCCUCCAACCUUCUCCUGGCACCCUCAUUUGCUCUGCUGCAUUUUUAAUGAAGCUUUUCCUCUUCCACGUCCUUUGGCACUCAUAGGCCAGGUAAUCGAGUAGCCCAUUACACCCUCCUUUUCUGAGCCCCCCCUUAUCCUCUUCUUUCUGCAAAAUGGAUUGAAAUCACAUAGCUUUUUUAAACAAUUUUCUGAAUCACAACAUUUAAUUUAUUGUUCACACUCCGAAGUUCAUAUAAAACAGAUCUUGGACAUGUUGAUUCACAGAUCUGCUACUUAAUUCACAAUAUAUGAACAAUCUCUUACAUUAAGUAAAGACUAAAGCGGUUUGGUUUAAUGGUUAAAUCUUGUGCCCAAUACAGCAGGUACUUGGGGUUCCAUAUCAACCUAUGGCCCUUGACCAUGUACCACCCCCAACUCUCUCUCCAUGUUUCCUGCUCUGUCCAUUAACAUAUCCUCUCAAUAGGAGCAUAAAAGCCAAUUUUUUUUUCUAUAAAACUGUAGCAAGAUUAAGGAAAUUGUGCUGAUGUUUUUGGAGCUCAUACAUGUGUGAAAUAGAGUUGUGAAAGUACCAGAAUUUUGAAUUUUUUAUAAAAUGCUUGUCAGACAAAAGGUGACCUCCUUGGCAGCCAAAACGGCUAUUGUUGUUAUUUUUGAUUCCAAAACCUGCACACAAAGCUGGCUCAGAAAAAGAUGGCCUCAAUGAGGACUGACCAACAUGUGAAGUAAUGCCAAUAGUAAUGAAAGGCAAAUUCAAGAGAUUUUUUUUCCAAGUUGUGUUUUUGGGCAUUUCUGCCUCUAUUUGAAGAGACAGAAAGAGAGAUUUGGGAGUGAGGGGAUAGGAAAUCAGAGGGUAGCAAAUAGCCGUGGCUGAGAAUCGACCCCGCAGAGAAUGUGUAGAUCAUAAUAUAGUGUGUUUACUUGCAGUGUGUUCCCUGUGUUAUCCAAUUUUCUGACUAAUAUGGUCAUUUUAUUAGUAUUAGUAUUAGUCAUUCGUCAGCAGCGUGAGGAUAAGCUUCCUGUCAAUAGUGUGCAGGCUGGGACUAACAGCAAACAUAAAGGGACCAGGUGACAGUGCAGAGAUGCGGACAUGUUUACUAAAAUAUCUUGCAGUAUCUAGCAAAAUCUUGAAAUAUCUUAUUAAUGUGUUUACAGUUCUUCUAUUAACAUUUUCUUGUUGACUACAAAGAAAUCUCUUCUUUGUCCCACAGGUCUCUCUAAAAGAGCUACAGUUGUGACACGUGGUUGGCUGCUGGAUACCGUAGCAACCUACACCCUUCAAAGCUAUAACAAGUACACAACAUAAACUGAGAAGCCAAAUACUUCAAACCUGCAACCGUUAAUCCACUUGUUAUCAUCAGAUUUUUACAUUGCCUCUUUUAAAUGUCCAGAACUGUAAUUAGACUGUCAUCCAUGUGUGUUAAUAACUUAAAAACACUUUGUUUUGAGUGUGUUUGACUUGAUGUAUAUAAAGUUAAUUCAACAGAGA